AGUAGAAAGAGUCGACUGCCCAUUUCUCUCCCUUCGACAACUGUGCCUCCACCGUAGGUCUUCCCCUUACACACCUCCCCCCACUUGCUGGUAGUGUACGCGCAUUAAUCCCAUCAUGGAGCGCUCAUGUAUCCAGUGUCAUCAGCGCAAGGUCCGGUGUAGCAAGACACUGCCAUGUACGGCUUGUGUCCGGCUCGGGGCUUCAUGUCGAUACCCCACCGCCGACGGCCACACCCCUCGGCCACGGCGUGUUCAGAAAGUGACCAUCACCGAUCGGAUUGCCCAGCUGGAACGCAGCUUGGCGGCCCUAACGAACAGUAACAGUCCAAGACCGGGCUCCAAUGACCCCACCACACGCGCAGCCUUUCUGUCGGAGCCACCGCCGUCGCCGAGUCGCCGACAAGAGCUUCUGCUUCCGGACGGAGGGUCCACACGCUACAUCAACGAGACAUUCCUAUCACACAUCUUGGAAAAAGAGAGGACCCUACACAAGGUCAUAGGGACACCGCGUAAUACCGAUAAAAUUACGUCAGACAUCCGACCGGAAGGUCUUCUCGCACGGUCUAGACGUCCACCAACCCGGGAGAAUGAGGUAGAUCUCUCUCGCUGGCAAUCAACUCAGUUAUGGCAGAUAUAUCGCAACAAUGUCGAUCCUGUGGUGAAGAUCCUUCAUCUGCCCACGGUGGAGCCGCUUGUGUAUUCGACUAUGAACGGGGAAGGAUCCGAUGAUUGCAAAGCCCUCCUGUUUGCCAUUUACUUUGCCGCGGUGACCAGUCUCUCGGAGAGCGACGCCGCAAACCUCCUUGGCCGCGAUAAGCGAUCUAGCUUGUUGGACUUUCAAGCCCGCAUUGAAGGUACGCUUAUUGAUGCGGCCUGUUUGGACGCGCCGUCCAUGCUGUCUCUACAGGCGCUGGCCAUCUAUAUCACAUGCCUCCGGGCCCAUGGGACAAGUCGAUCGGGGUGGAUCAUUAAUGGUGUCCUCAUCCGUGCCGCGCUAUCGAUUGGGCUCCACCGGGAUGGAACGCAUUUUGGCCUUCCCCUUCUCGAUGCUGAGCUCCGCCGGCGCCUCUGGUGGCAGAUUCUCGUGCUGGAUUACCGUGCGGCGGAGGACCAUGGUCUCGCAGUCCACGGAUUUGGCAGCCGAGCGGAUACUCAUCUUCCUUUGCACGUCGAUGACAGCGACCUGUCGUCCGAUCUACGGAUCCCGCCCGGGCCAAAAGCCAAAUGGACCGAGAUGAGUCUCUUCCUUCUCACGUCGGAGAUCGCCAUCGCGUUCCAAAAGAUAUACCAUAGCUCUGUGAACCAGUCCGAUAUCGCCCAGCGCCUUCAAACCGUCCAGGAGCUCACCACAUACCUGGAAAAUACGUACCUGCGUCACUGUAACACGAAUAUUCCCAUCCAGAAGGCGGCGUGGCUGUCCACACGGUCCCUGCUGUCCAAGUUCGAGUUUUUUGUCUACCAACUCGGUCUUAACAAUGAACAACCGCUGGAGGUGGUGUCCUCGACGGCUGAGCAGACCCUAGUGGCGGCCUGCUCCUGCUUGGAGCAAAGCAUGGAGCUUCAAACGGACGACCUUUUACGUGGCUUCCGCUGGUUGUUCGCAAGCUACAACCAGUUUCAUUGUCUCAUGUAUGUCCUGUGGCAUCUGUGUGCGCAGCCUACUGGACCUCACGUGGCACGGGUGUGGCAUAUCGUCAACCUCGUCUUCAACGUGGCGGAGAAUGACCCUAGCCGACCGGAUCCGGGGCCGACAUGGAAGGUGCUGCAGCACUUGCGGGAGAAGGCGGAGCAGCGCAAACAGAACGCGGCCCUGUUGUCUCCGGCGCCAGCCCAUGGUCCGUCUGGAGACGCUGCGAUGGAGCCACGAUCGACCGAGGAACCCCCAGAACAGGAGUUAGAGGGGGCAGGGGACGGAUUCGGGGAUGUACUAGCUCCCCAGCUGGACCCAAGCUCCCUGUCCGAGUGGAUGAAUCUCUCAGAACAUCUGGGGAUGUACCGCUUUGAGAUGUAAAGCUGAAUUUGUGUCUUGGAGAAUAUCAUAGCUACAAUUUUAAUGACUUCGUCGGCCGCUCAGCGUUAUCAAGUAGAUAUUAAAGUUGCACCUAUAACGUCGCUGUUGGAUGAACACCAUGCAUAGCGCAUUUAUUUAUACCUACCCCCGUAAUACAGCGACCUAAAUGGGUCUCCACCAUGUACGGGGCAUGCCACGUGCUCGAGACUAAGAUUCGCUUAUUUCACAGCUG